GCGCGCGGGCGGGGGGGCGGCCUGGGCAGCGCCGCCGGGGCCGGGUCGGCGGCCGGCACAGCAUGCGAGGCCGCGAGGAUGGCGGUGGAAGCUAUCCAUUGCAAUCUGAAUCCAAAAGGUAUUGAGCACCCUGUCUCCACAGAAGGUAUUAGUCUGCAGCUUGAAGGUGAAGGAGUUGAAUCGCCCUCUGUUAAGAACACUACUACUCCAAAAGGGCCUGAGUCAAAAGAGACACCUAAGAGACAAGUGGAGCCAGAGAUAUCUAAGUCUGGGACUGUGAAGCUGACCAAGCCUGUGGCAUUAUGGACGCAGCAGGAUGUCUGCAAAUGGCUGAAGAAACAUUGCCCUAAUCAGUAUCAAAUCUACAGUGAGUCAUUCAAACAGCAUGACAUAACUGGCCGUGCUUUGCUGAGACUUACUGACAAAAAGCUUGAACGAAUGGGCAUUGCCCAGGAAGGCCUGCGACAGCACAUUCUGCAGCAAGUCCUUCAGCUGAAGGUGAGAGAAGAAGUCCGAAACCUCCAGCUGCUUACACAAGAUCUCUACUUAAACCUGGAGCAUGGUUUUUUGAGGGUCAUAGAAAAGCAGCCAGCCCUUACAGCCCAUCAAGCCCCGGCAGAGAGCUCUCCAUAAACAUUUCCAGCCUCUAAAGCUGCUGUCCUGCCACUUGAUAUGAAAGUGAACUUUCCUUCAUGAAAAAAACAUAAUAAAUGGCACUGCCAGAAGGUGACCAUGGAGGAUUGAAGACAAACUUGAAGUAAAAUCAGCCCUCUCAAGAUGAUGCAUUCUGGGAAGACCUGGUUUGCUGUGGAGUAAAAGUGCGGUGCAUAGUAUCCAGUGCUAAUUUGUUGAAAAUGGUCAUUGACAGACCUUUAGCUGGAAAAUUCCUUCCAGUUUUCAUCACUGUGCAUAACUUUUGAGUUCCCUUUAGGGGACUGUCUAUGCCCUUCACUAGAAGUCCUGUUUUAGCAUGGCAACUACUGGAUUCUUUUAUUAUGUAUGCAGUUGGCAUGAUGUUUUAGGAAAAGCGUACAGCAAUUCUCCAGUCUCAGUGGAUAUGUUCACAAUAUUAAACCCCGAUAGGAAUGUAAGCGUCUUGUAUAUGUUAGUUUUGCAGUCUAAUGGUAUUCUGUUAAACAAUAUCAGCACUUCAUAUGUGCUUUCUGCACAGAACUAGCACAGUCCAUAUAGAUAUAUGUAAUGGUCUUUCUAAAAACAAAUACCGAGGAUGCAUUUCAGUGUUUGUGCUGAGACCGCAUCCAAGCUGAAGUCCACCACUCUCAUACCUUCACCGUUUCACGGUAGAUUUUGUAGAUAGAUUUGCACGUGGCAGAGGUGUGACUUCUGUUAUCGAGACUUAGAGAACAACUGUGACAGAGGAAGCCAAGAACAGGGUGGGUUGCAUGAGCUGUAGGACACUGUGUCUGCUCUCCCUCUCAUCCACCAAAUAUCAAAGGUUCUCAUUUCCAGUGUGCCAAUGUUUUUUCUUACUUGGCGAGGGACAGACAAGGGAGAGAGCCUUUCUCAGAAGUAUGUGUGACCCUGAGUUUGGUCUAUGAUGAAACCAGAACAAACUGGAAGGAUUCGGGUUCUUUUUGCUGGCCACCAUUUAUAUGUUGGGCAGGGCUGGGAAAUCAUAGUCCAAACCAAACUCUCUGAGCAAGGUAGAGUGUAAAAUUAUACUUCUAAGGAGCAAGAGACUCCCUUUGGAGAGGGCAGACAUCUUCAUUAACUUUUUCCACUUCCUAUCCAAAACAAUAUUUUGAUAGGAACUGGGAGUAGGCAAAUGGUUCCAAUAAGCCUUUCAAUAUACUGUAGCAGGCUCAAGACUGUUGCAUUCAAUCUGAACAUUGUUUUUUGUUCAGUCUCUGAAUGACAGACCUCAUCACUGGUUGUAUCGCAGCUGGCUGUGGUACUGUUUCUUCCAUGGGGACUCAGUGGAAUUAGUGUCUGUCAUCCACAUCAGGACCUCCUUGACACACUCUUUAUAAUGAACUGAUGCCAUCAACUUACUGAAGGGACUUACCUAUUUGUUCCUUCUUUCUUUAAAAAUCAAAGGUAGCUUUUUUGUGUAUUUAAAGACCAUCACUCCCUCCCCCAGCCUGAUAGGCUGGUGCUGUAGAGUCACUGUUGACAUAUGUGCCAAACGGUGGCUGAGACGCCACACAGUUGUGAAGAUGCAGCCAUGGAGAGAACACACAGCUACAUCAAGUCAGAGGAACCUUUUUAGAUGAAGCUGCUGUGUUAUAAUUCUUAAAAACCAUUAUUCAGUUCAUUGCUAGAGAAUGGAAGGUCAGACACUGAGGGUGCUCCUACAGCAAACAGUUAUCUGUAUCUUUAGGGCUUUCUUUUUUUUCAGAUGGGUAUGGGAUUAGGUUUCAGCUCUCCACCCAUCUCAAAUUCAGCAUGUUGGAUACUUCUGUAGUGUUCUGUCCAAUACUUUUACCGAUGACCAAGGUUUUCAGAAGUCACUAGUGAUUUCUAAUGGUUGGGGCCUUUCCCCAGGUUCUCAAAUGGAGCUCACAAGAAUUACAAAGCACUAAGCUUCUGCAUUCUCUUUCUGAAAAUCCUGGUCCCUGAUUUUAAAUUAAUUGGUGUGAAAAUUCUCCUUAAGGCAUAAGAAUCUUCGCCAACAGCAACAUUUGCACUUUUUAAAGCUUUUCAUAGGGUUGCAGGUCGGAAUCUGAUACCAAGGGACCUGGCCGUGUGCGUGGCACAGGUCCACUGUAAGCUUCAGCAAAUUUUACAGCUCUUUCUGCUACAGGCUUAAAAAAUAUGCUCUGGCAACUGACUGACAUGAAUUUCAUGUUGGUACAGCAAUUAAAAAAGCCCUCUGAGGUAAGUUAUUUUAAAAAGGAGGAGAAUGCUGUACUUCUACAGCAGGAAUUCUCCUAUUUUACUACCCAGGGAAAAAAUCCCCAAUUAUUUGAAUGGUGAAGGAAGAGUUUCUCAGUGUUAUCUUAAAAGGGCGUAGAAGAAGGAGUUGAAUUAGGUGGAGAGCCACUAGAAGCAUUUUUUUUGUCUCAAUGUUAGUUUUGAACAUCUUCCAGUAUAUGGGCAUGAAUUUAGAUGUGUGCACUUCUCCUGUUAAAACAGUUUGUUUUAAAAGCUUCCCAGGAUUUUAGGUACAGUGACCUAGAAAAACAGUGUUAUAGGCCCUGAGAAAUGUGAAAAUCAAGCCCAGAUCCUCAUGUAUCCACUCAGUGGGAAGUCUGCUGUAGGUGUCUAUCAGACAAGUCUCUCCCUUGAAGCUGGUGUAGGCCUCCAUCCUCCAGCCAGCCCGUGCAUGUGGAUAACUGCAAGCAUAGUUCCCCCGAGCCCCGUGACACUUCUCACAUGUGUAACUGUCUGCUGGAGCCAUAAGGAAAUAACUGUACUUUUUGGCUUGUAUUUACCUAUUCAUCGUGUUUGGGUGUUUUUUUAAUCACUGUUAUUCUCCCAAAGUAGGCCAUGCUUCCUCAGGGAUAUUUAUGAAAUUGUUCUACAUCUCCUGAACAGCUAUCUGGAUCCUAGCAUAUUCUCCUGAAAACGUUUUAACAGAAAUAAACAUGUGGGAGAGGUUUUUGUUGUUCUGAAUGGAGGCAGGUACUGUGUUAUUGGAAAGGCUAUUGAGUGGAGACAAUCAAGUCUCUUGCAUUUUUUAUGCCGAACACCUUAUUAAUAGCAGACACAUCCGCUUUCGCCUGGGUCGCAGGAGCAGUUCAGGGGAAAGAAUGCUUUAUCUCUAGUCAAUAAAUCAUUUAUGUCGAGAGUGCCAAAGACCAAGUCAACAUGAAAGGGAGCGAAUCAGUUAUUCUGGCAAAGGAAGUGAAUUUAAACAUGCUCAGGGCCAUUAGUUCGGUGCAAAAGAGUGGGAGACUAAUGCUAUUUUCAUAAAACAGCAAUUAUCAGCCCUGUGGAGAUAGAUAAAUUCGCAAAGGCCAGUGCUGCUGUUACACUGAUCACUGGUUAUUAUCUCUGAAAGAAAGCAGCCUGGCGAUCAGGACGCGGCUCCCAUGAGCAGACGUGCAGCUUCCUGCCGUGUUGGCACCACUCCCGCCACCAUGCUCACCUCCUUGCUCUGUCUCAAGGAGGGUCACAUCAUCAGACCUCACCAAGAAAUGCUGACAGAGACUUGGCCAUCCCAAGCACUUCAAACUGGGAGAAGUCCUGCACGAGAAACCAGAAGGAAUUGCUCACCCCGGAAAACAGGCUGCAGCCGAAAGCGUUCUGUGUGCUGUUUUGUUCCUUGUUUUUUCCAUCUGCUUGGCUUUCUGUGGCUGAACACCCACCAUUCAUUCUGUUGAGGGAAACGGCCUUUCAGGAGGGCAGUUUGAAAAAGCUCUGUGAGCUCUUUGGUUUUGCUCACCCAGCUGCAUGGCGGUGCUCCACCCGUGGGUUCGUCCCUCCCUAUCUGUUCCUUAGGGUAAGUGUUGUCACUCGACAGCAGCUGCAGCAGCAUUGAGGAAAUCCAACCAUUAAAAAUGAUAAAAAUAUGGUUUUGUUUUGCCCUCAAUGUUGGGAAAACCCCGGAUCAGACUCCUGGCAGACUUAUGUGGAUGCUACUCCAUCAAAGUCUCCAGAGAUGUGCUGAUUAAUGCCAGCUAUGGAGCCAGGCCUGGGGUGGGGGUUUGUUAUCACUAACACUAACCUCCCUCCGCCUGCCGCAAAGCCACAAGAUCUCAAUCAUUCAAAAUUGUCUCAGGCAAGCAGAGUAAAAUCCUGCCUCUUUCACACUGACGCCCUUUAAACAAAUGACAUCUCUUUCACCAGAGUCUCCUUGGAAGGCUCGACUGCAGGACUGUGCCGCAGUUGACGCUGGUAUAUAUAGACUGUAGUCAAUAAGGUUUUAAUGUUAAAGGAAGUCCUAUGAUAAAAUUGAUGAGUGAGGGGGGAAGUACCUACCAGCAUUACCUGCACCCUCCUAUAGUAAAAUUCAGGAGAGUUACCUGGAGUGCAAGAAAGCCCACUAACAUAAUGUACGGGUGAUUAGGCAGGCUCAUGAGGAUAAAUCAGCAAGUAAGAAAAGCAGAAGCCAAAAAAUGCAUGGGAAGUCCAUGGUCCAUAGGUUAGGGCUGGUUAGACCAAAGGCUUUACAUAUAUCCUAACAAAUACCAUCAUAGCAAAGCGAAUUCUGAUGUUAGACAGGCACAGCACAGCGAUUACUCACAGGACAUGCAAGCCCCAACAAAUAUUCUUGGUUUGUAUUUGAAGGCAGUAGAGGGAGGGAGUCAGACUGCACAUUAAAAUCUAAUUCCUCCUACUCCAUCAGUAAUUAUGGGUAAUAUUAAGCAGCAACUGUCCUAACGUUUUGAAAUUUGUGGAACUGUUAACUGAAUCCAGAAGGGAAGGAAAACUUACCUUGGUCUCCUCAGAACCAGAAAGCAUGAAAGAAGGUUCAAAUGACAGCAAACCCCCAAUAAUUGAAAAAAAAAAGGAGUGAUUUGACCCUGAUCUAGGUGACCCUGCUUCUGCAGGGGGGUUGGACUAGAUGAUCUCUAGAGGUCCCUUCCAACCCUACCAUUUUAUGAUUCUGUGACCCAAAUAAGCUAUGGGGUCGUUAGGUUCCUGCCAGUCUUAGUCAAAGUCAUGGAAAGGUUGAUAUGACACAAUCAUUAAAGCAAUUAAAAAAUGGUGAGACUGUCCAAAUUAUUAUUGUGGGAAUGUGUAACAACACUAAACUUGAUAUCAGUUCUGUGGUAUCCAAGGCUUGCUGAUGAAAAGAACUGCUGGUGUACUGUGCUUAGCCUCCUAUAGAUCAUUUGGUUCUGGUAACAAAAUAGCACAACGCAAAAUCAGUAUCACCUAUAUUAAGUGUAUUAAAACUGAUUUCAGGCUAGAUCACACAAAAUAGCUGUAAAUAUGAAAUUGGCAUCAGCGAGGCUAUUCCUAAUGAGCUCCUCCCAAGGUCUGCUCUUUUUUCAGUAUUCCUCCCAGGCAAAGAGGAGAUGACUGCUGGCAACAGCCAGAGGUAACAAAAACAGGAGUGCAGUAAAUAAUGGUACGGAGUAGGUCAGUGGUAGAGAGUAACCUGGAGGACAGCAGAGUCAGAAAUCCAGGAGAGAUGGCAGCGAGUCCGGCUUAGGCAUGGGGAGUACAUCUGGAAUAAUGUAGUGGCUGUGAAGAUGUGAUAAAUCAUCCAUCCAUCUUUGGCUCCAGAGCUGCUCUUGCCAGCUGGGAUGUGGGACCAGUGAUGCUGUUCCAGUUUGCUCGGUUACCGCCUGUCUUUCAAAACGGGUAUUGACAACUUGGAAAUAUUAUUUUCAAUAGCUCCCAGUGUCAUUCAAGGGCAGGAAAGCGGGUCUUUAUAAUUAGUGUCAGACUAAUGAAGCUCAAGCUAUUAAUUUAUCAGAGGCAAUUUGAAGAGGUGACUUGAUCUCCAUCUGCAAUCACAAUCUUCUACCUAGGCAGGGAAGUGCUGUCUGAAGGCAGGUAGCUCUUUUAUUUAGAAGAAAAGGGAAUGAUAUGCUCUACUGGUUGGAAACUGAUUUCAAGCUAGAAAUUAAGUGCAAGUGCUCAACAGGGAGGAUAAUUACCCAUGGAGACAACUUACUUAGUUACCUGGCAUGUUCUCCAUCACAUAAAGUCUUUAAGUGUAUGCAGAGCGUUUUUCUAAGUCGGUAAGCUCUACCUCAAACUGAAAUCCAGGCCUGGUGCGGCAGUUACUGGAUGGGGUUAUUAGGUGUGUGUUAUGCAAGGAUUAGACUAGAUCAUCAGAUAUAAACUUCUGAAUUAAAAAUAUCUUAAAGUUUCCAGUGUUACAGGACAGCAGGGCAACCUAUAUCCAUUUUUUCCUCACAAAAUGGUCUUCAUUUAAACAGAUUACAUGAACAGAGCUGUGCUUGCUAGCAUUUGGUGCGACCAUCGGUAGGUUUGCUCUCAGUUCUUAAGGUUCUUCUGCACCUGAUUAAAGGAAGAGAACUGGACCAGAAAGGACAACAAAGCCCCAUGGACAUGCAGAGAAAGUCUGUUGUCUUUCAUGAAUAGCCUGGGACAAAGUGCUGCACCCAAAUGACGGGGCCAAGUGGAUGUGUAGUCUAAGCAAGGAAUAACAACCGUGGGUUUUCCUCUUAACUAAAGAGGUGGCAUCUUGCUGGCAAGAAACAGAUUUUCCUGCCUUCAGCAACUGCAGAGAAGCUGUUGUGUUGAUUGAGAGUUGGAUUGUGUCGCUGUGCAGCUGAACACAGGUUCCAUGCUCUGCAGACAGCGAGCUGUUCCUGCUAUCAUGACGAGCCCCGUCGGAGCUGAUAAAUAAAGCCCUACAAGUGAAAUGACUUCGGAGGCACUACCCAGAGUAACGACAGCUGCUCCCAGCAGUGAGGUUUUGCAAGAUUGAGCCCCGUUGCUGUUGGUUGGUUUAGAUGUUGUACCUUAGAAAUAAGCAAAGGAGCACUCUGCUGCUGAUUCAGGUUUCACAAAACCACUGUCAGUAGGUGUGAGGCAAGCGUGAAGUAUCAGAGCCACCAUCUGCCCUGCUUCAUCAGGCGGUGGGGAACAAACUGGGGCCUACAGCUUAACAAGUAAACAGUUCACGCAAACAGGAGAAACUAUAAAAGCAAUACUUACUGCAAAUUGAUACUGAAUCAACAUCAAGAAGCUGAAACAAGAAGGGAGCUAGCUACAGCCAUAGCUAAGAAGAUAAAGAUCUUUGGGGAUUCUUGCUCUAAUCCAGUGUGAAAUCCCACGAAAAUGAGUUUGGUGUAGAUUUAGUGUUUAAAGAACAUUGGUACAUGCUUACUGCCUGUCAAAUAAAUUCUGCAGAGUCAUUGGCUUCAGUGUGUGAAGGCUUCUGCAUGCCCUCACGCUGCUGAGAGCCCUCUCAGCUCUGGAGGAGAGCAGUCUGGAGUCAGACUGGACAGAGAAGCAGCUGGUCUUGCAGAUGACUGUAUAACGUCUGCUUCUGCCGUAAAAGUCGGAUUGCCAGCAUUAUUAUAACACAGCCAGGCUUAGGCUGAGAAUGAGAUGAAAAGCUCUUUCCUGAUUUUAAUUCCAAAAAAAAGUAGCUAAAUACUUUUUCAGGAAAAAAAAGAUACACUGUAGCUGUUCUUACAUCUCUAAUCAUGUUACUUCUAUUAAGCACUUGCCUUGAGUUCAUCUAUUUAAUAUCAUAAGUCACCAAAUUAAAUAGUGAUACACAGGGGUUUUUUCAAUGCAGGGAGAUCAAUAUUGCAGCAAAACUGCAUGUAAGCAAUAAGAAUCUGUGCAGAGGAAAAAAGAACCACAAUCUGCCCCAUCAGAUGCUUAGGGGACUUAUUUGGUUUUGUUUAUUGAGAGCACAGUUUUACAUCUAGACAGGUUUUCCCUCCUGAGCCAGGCUGUGGUCUCAAGCCCAGUCCAGAUAAAGGAAUUUUUUGCAUCCUCUUACCGCUUCAUCUGCAUCCUUUGUACUGCAAGAGGCCUCUCUGCUUUUCUUCUGAGAAAAGUGGAAAAGAGAUGAAGUGGCAAUAAAGUGUAGAGGGACAUGAGCUUCCAGCCUAUGAAAGCAUAUUGUUGGGAGACCCAGACCUCAGCCUUCUCCCUCAGGGCCCUGUGCCACUGACCAAGGGGCCGAGAGGACCGUGCUGAGCCCACCCACAAGCGAGGCCCGAUGCCCGGCACCUGCUCAUCACGCUCCUGGAGCCCUUGCAGGAGACAUGGUACCUUGCAGAAUCAGCCCCCGUGUUUCAGGGCAUCAGCAAGGGUUUCUGCUGGCUGCUGGGCUUCCCCAGGAGUACAAAGGAAGGGCAUGGGGCAGUGCUCUGGCAACAAGAAUGGCCAGCAUGUGCCCAAAGAGGCCGCGUGUGCUGAGGAGAAGACUCCUUUGCUUUGCACUAAGCUUCUGUGGGACUGGGUGAGACUGGGAGGCAUGUUUUUUUAAAUUUCUCACAGCUACAGCAAAAUGGCAGGGAUGUGCUUUGGGACAUGCUGGGCUUUGCUUUCUGUUUCUGGUAAGGACUGUAGCUAUCUGGACCUGCUUCACAAUGAUGGUUUCUUUUUCACAAGUGGGGGUAAGGUGGGAGUAAUGCCUACCUGUGUCUGUGCAGUAUAAACCAGCAAAGCAGGCUCUACACUUGGGGUCCUCUGUUUUGGGGAGUUGCAUUUAAGAUGCAUUGAACAUGACCUUGAGGAGAGCAGAUAACCAACAACUGGAAUUAUAGCCACACCUGAGCUGUCUCCAAAAGUUGCUCCAAAAUCAGUAGCCCAUGGACAGAGCCAGAUGCCAGGCUACGCUCACACCUUGGUACUGGCAGCUGAUGAAGGAUGCCAGCUGCAGGGAGUGAGAGGGAGCCUGGGGUCAAGGUCCUGGGAAGUCGGGUGGCCUGAUGUGGGGGAGCUGACUGCAGAACGGCCGAGUAUAAGCCCACAGCCAUACCGUGUGGUCACAAGGCUCUCCUGAAGCCAGCAAGUUGUGUCUGGUCCAGCCGCCUUUGGAGUCAGUUCAGCUUGAUAUUCACUAAGGAAAUACUCUAAGCCAGUGAUCUCCAUUUACUGUUAACUUGAUUGAAAGUCUAGGAAAAUGCCAGCACUCUAAUGGUUAAAAAUCAGCGCACGCUCUCCAGUCCAUCUAUGGCAGUGGAACCAAAUGAGGUGUCAUAGUGUGCCUUUUUGUUUGAUGUGCACUGCAUCUCCCCAGGCACCCAAGGUGUUCAUCUGUACAGCAGUGCUUUUUUUUCCCAAAACAGAAAUUACUGUGCAAUCUGAGUUUUAGUGUAUGAAGUGGCCAUCACUGUUAAUCCCACCCUACGGUUUUUAUAUUUACUCUUUAAUUCCUUCUGUUUUCACAGGUUUCACAAAAAACAAAACUCGGGUGGGAGGGAGGAAUUCUUUUAAACAAUGAAAUUAAAACCAAUAUCAAGUUUUUGGUAUCUUCGGGCAUGAUCUCUGGAAGCUUUGGAUAUCUGCUUUAUCAUUUUGUAUAUUUGACAAUUUUGUACUCUGCAUUGUUUGACUUCAUUUGUGCAUGGCGAUGUAUUAAAACAUGGAAUUUUUAUUAUACAGUACAA